AUGGGAAGGAUCGAGAGUCCAUCCGCCCGACCCUCAAAGUACACAGAAUCAGUCGCAUUCUUCCAAGGCGACAUGACGGGUGUAACCUUUCCCCAUCAUGACCCCUUGGUUAUUACGGCCGAGAUUGCCCACUACGAGGUUGCUCGAGUAUUUUUAGAUAGAGGAAGCUCAGUCAACAUCAUCUUUCUUGAUGCCUUUAGACAGCUAGGGGUCCAUGAAGGCCUCCUUGACCGAUGCUGCCCAACCCUUGUAGCUUUUGGGGGAGGCCAUGUGCAGCCCCUCAGCCAUAUGCAUAUGACCCUAUCUAUUGGGGUAUACCCGAGGCAAACUAGCAUCACCACGAACUUUGUUGUGGCAGAGUGUCCGUCGUCAUACAAUGUUAUCCUCGGGUGCCCAGCCAUUGGCGACUUGAACCUAUCAAAAACAUGA